UAGGACCACGCCCUUCGGGAUGCAAUUCGCCAUGGCCCUCCGGGCAUCCCUGUACCCUACGUUUCUCCACUCCUUUUGAGCACUGAGGCAAGACUUGGAUCAGGGUAUGUUUUUUGCUCUCUUUGCUGCUAUUUUCGAGAGUUCAUUAGCAUUGAUACUAGUAGUUGACUAUGGGUCGGACUGGAUUAAGGCUUCGCUCAUGAAGCCUGGUGUGCCCUUCGACGUGCUACUGAACAAGGACUUAAAGCGGAAGAUACAGUCCUUCGUAGCAUGGAAGAAAGAUGAAUGAUUAUUUGGGUCUGGCGCGGCGAACAUCGUGAGUACCGUUCCCUACAACUUUCUGC